AUGGGCUGUCCUGGUGGCACAUCUUCCUGCUCCAUCCUUGCACAAACUGUGCAUGUGAUCGUCCAUUUUGGGUCAUUGAUGUGGUUACAGGUCUUCAGCAAUGCAGCCAUUUCCGAGCCUGAUCGGGUUGUGGUCACGAGAAAUGAUCCUCUGAUGAUUAAGCUCAUUUUUAUUUCAGGUGAAAAUGCCUGCGAUGAAGUGACACGAAGCAGUGUUGUAUUUCAUAUUAUAAUCGAGUAA